GAAGUCAUCUUGAACUGCUCUGUGUGGACACAUGAACCCUGCAGACACACAGUGCAGUGGCUGUUUGAGGGUAAAGAGAACAUGAAGGUGAAAGCAGGUUCCUGCUCUGACACUGUGACAUUUACAAGAUCUCAACUUAAUCAGAAGUCACAGUUUUAUGAGUCACUGAAGUGUAAAGUGACACACGAUCACACUAACAAUGAGCAGCUGUUUCCCUUCAAACUCAAGUCCUCAGGUGAGAAAACAGGUAAAGAUGCCAAAACAACAACAACAACAUCACCAACACCACCAACAACAACAACAACAUCACCACCAACAAGAACAACAACAUCACCACCAACAACAACUACAACAAGUACAGCAGCAACAUCUAUCACAGAAUCACCAACAUCAGCAUUUACACCAAAGCCCUCAGGAAAUGAAACCCAGCUAUGUGGCAACACUGGCCUGAACUUUAACCCUGCAGAGACUGAAUCUGGACCAGGAACCAAUCAGGACACGGCUGAAGCUGAUGAUGAUUUUUCCUACGCCUCCAUCAACUUCACCAAGAAGAUGAAGAAUAAAGCCCGAUCCCGUGGUGAUGAUGAUGGUGACACUGUGACCUACAGCACUGUGAAAGCUUCCUCCUCUUCAGGUGGAGCUUCUGCUGCUCCCAGUGACCUCUAUUCCACCAUCGACUAAAGAAGUUAAAGAAGGAGGACGUUUCUCAUGAAAGGCUAUAAGCUGUUUCUGCAGAUGCUGGAUGAUUAUUUGGAUGAAUAAGUAAAGUCAAGUGUUACUUUUUUAAGUGUAAUAUGUAAUAUAGUCUGUAAUAUAUAUGUACAGUAUUUACUGCACAGUCAUAUGGCAGUGUUAAACUGUGUAGUGGUAAAUUAACAGCAGUGAGCUGUAAGUUUGAAUCAAGACUAAUUAGCUACUGCAAUAAGUUUCAUUUUGAAUUAAUAAUCUAAAUUCUUAAUCUCACACAUGGCUCUAAAUAUUGAUCUUUAAUCUGAAAAAGCUCAGAUAUUAUGAUUGAACCUCUUGGCCUAAGUUGAUAC